AUGCUUUCACGGGGGAUCCUCAACCGACUCCCCAUUUUGAAGAGCUCUUCGUGGCGCGAGGUUCAUCAUCACAUGGAAAGACAGGAUUUGCAAUUAUAUCUCGGAAUUCGACGCUCAAACCCAAAUCGAGCCAAUCGUAACACUCAUGUGAAUGAACGUGCGUUUCGAAAAUUGCGUGGCAAGAAGACGAUUCUCAUGGAUCUACCCGAUCACGAGGAACAAAAGGAAUUGGACAGCCUCCCGCCUGAUCGAUUGAGGAUUGAGUUGCUUAAGAAAGGCAUCAACCCGUACAAAGAUAUAUCACCUCGAGUCUGGCAGGAGGCACAAACAACGACUUCUUCUUUUUACGCUGUUAUUGAUCCAUAUGUCACUUUGGAAGAAAAGCUGCCGUUUUGGACGAAUCAACCGAUAGACAACGGCAAAGCAAAAUUCAAGGAACUAACGCAAGCCGGUCUGCACCGCUGGCAUACCUAUAGAAAUGGAACGAGAAGGAUAAAAAACAAAGAGGGAUUUGCAUCUUUUUCGAAAAAACAUUUGGACCGACCGCAGAACAUGUUUAUGUUGAAGCACACAAGGCUC